AUGAAUAGCUUUGAUUCUCAGAGGCGACAAUUAAGAUCACUCCUUGAAAGAAGAUAUAUGGCAAGAAAGGAGCAUUGUCAGUGCAACUCCAACUGGCCUCUUCUGGAACCUGCUUCCAGCCGGAAAACUCUAAAAACAAUAUCCACGUACGCUUUCCCUGGAGUUGAUGAUAAUCUCGUUUCCACGUUAGUUCCACCUGUGACAAGUGUAUUCCAAGGCCGUUCGAUCUGCCAGCGCGUCAAUCUUCAUAAGCAUGCAAGUUAUCAUAGCCUAGCUAAGGCCCUGAGACAGAUGUUUGUGGAUGCCGGAGAUGUUGGACUCACUUCGGAGAAUGAUCAGCUUCAUGACCUGUCUAAUGCUAUUCCUUGUCAUCUCACUACUGCUUAUGAGGACAUAGAAAAUGAUCUUCUCCUCGCAGGCGACCUCAAUUGGAAGUCUUUUGUACGUGUGGCGAAGAGAAUUCGGAUCCUGCCAAUGAAGUCAAAUUCAAGGCCGUAG